AGUUGAUUUCAGGAUGCAAUAAAGAAUAAAAUAACUAGUAAAUAAAAAUCUACUGUUUCAUUUAAUCAUGGCUAUGGAGUGUAUGGAGUGUCUAGGGCGAACACCCUUUGCCUCUUUGAUGGCGACUGUCAUAUGUAUCAUAGGAGUUGGUGUUUUCUGUGGAACAUCCUACAAGGCGCUCAGCCUCAUUAUCAAUGAUGUCCUGAAUGACCUCUUCGAGUUCAAUGUUGGUUGGUUGGAGGUUAUUCAGGUUGUUUUUGUUGUCAUUGCUGUUGCCAUGGCAGUGUUUGCAGUUAUUCUACUGGUAUUUGGAUUCCUGGCAACUGGUGCAACACGUCAGAAUGUGUACUCUGGUGCCAAGUGCAUUAUGGGAGGCAGAGUGUCUGCUGCAUUUUUCACAGUGAUCACCUAUAUUCUGAACCUUGGCUGGAUUGUGAUAAUGUGUUUUUCCAUUGUCCCAAUUAUUCUCUACACAGCUAUUUACUCCAUAUGUAACAAUGAGGUUUACAACAGAAACGCUGAUACCCUGACCUACUGCUUCAAUCUGACUCAGUUCGGUGUUUACCGAGGGUCCACCUAUUCAACCAGUUUUUCAUCACCAGGGAAAGAUUCUAUUUGUGAAGGUGAAGUGAAAAGAAUGUGUGACAAGAAACUGGACUGAUUUUUGAUUCAGAAAUGUAAAAUCCUCAAUUAACCUGAACAAACCAGCGUAGUGUAAAUGAAUGAAGAGUCAACUUAAUGAAAACACGACUACCAGGAAACAAUGCUGACUGGAAUAUAUCUUGUGCAGCAUUCAGUGUUACGUCACAGGUCACCGAUUUCCGCGGUCUCAGUCCUGUUUAGCAGACAGAGUAAUUAAUGCUCAGUUGUUUUCAAUUGUACUGUCUGGUGCAGGGCAAAUUCCUUGCAGCUUCAGACAAAUCUCAGAUACUUACACAUUAGGGUUUCCACCAUUGAUUUUUUGUUAAUGCGCUUUGA